AAUUAACCGCGUGCAGCAGCGUCGCAUAACACAGCCGUUGCAGCCAGAGCACUGCGCCACAGCGCGGACGCCAGCGCGCGAGAUCCGCCGCCAAAAAAGCACGUUGGUACUACGUGGUGGCCAAAAAUAGCCAAUUUCUAAAAGCUGAUAUGCGACGGGCGCGGGACCGCCGACGCGCCGGUUUCCCUUGCAUCGCUGUCGUUGGCGUGCCGCCCCCCCCCUACGCAAGCUGGCAGCGACGCAAACCGCCCCGCAGGUUAAAACAAGAUGGCGUCCUUCACCGGCACCUACAAAGACGAGCUCAUCGCCACGGCCAACGCCAUCGCGGCGCCGGGCAAGGGCAUCCUCGCGGCCGACGAGUCGACGGGCACGAUCGGCAAGCGCUUCGCGCCGAUCAACGUCGAGAACACGCAGCCGAACCGCGUGCGCUACCGCGAGCUCCUCUUCAAGACCAAGGGCCUCGGCCAGUACAUCUCGGGGGCCAUCACCUACGAGGAGACCCUUUUUGAUACCGCGACGUGCGGCACGCCCAUGGUCGACCUCCUCAAGAAGGAGGGCAUCAUCCCGGGCAUUAAGGUCGACAAGGGCGUCCAGCCCUUGUUCGGCACGAACGGCGAGACCGUGACCCAGGGCAUCGACGACCUCGGCAAAAGAUGCGCCAAGUACUAUGCUCAAGGUGCUAGAUUCGCCAAGUGGCGCGCGGUGCUCAAGAUCGACGCCGCGACGCACUGCCCCACGCCCUUAUCGAUUGACCAGAACGCCGAGACGCUGGCCCGCUACGCGGCCAUCUGCCAGGCCAAUGGUUUGGUGCCCAUCGUCGAGCCCGAGGUCUUGAUGGACGGCCCCCACUCGGCGGAAGACGCCGAGAAGGUCUGCGAGAAGGUCCUGGCCGCCGUCUACAAGAAGCUGUCGGACCACCACGUCCUGCUCGAGGGCACGCUCCUCAAGCCCAACAUGGUCCGCAGUGGCGAGAGUGCUGCCACGAAGUGCGACAUGACCGAGGUCGCCGUGCGCACGGUCCGCUGCCUCAGCCGCACGGUGCCGCCGGCGGUCCCCGGCAUCACCUUCCUGUCCGGUGGCAUGUCCGAGGAGGACGCGUCGCUCGCGCUCCAGGCCAUGAACGUCUGCCCGGGCAAGAAGCCCUGGUCGCUGACCUUCUCCUACGGCCGCGCGCUCCAGCAGUCCGUCCUCAAAGCCUGGAAGGGCUCCGACGCGAACAUCGCGGCCGCCCAGAAGGAGCUCAUGAUCCGGUCCAAGGCCAACAGCGAGGCGAACCUCGGCACGUACAAGGGCGGCGCCGGCGGCGCCGCCGCGACGGCGUCGACCUUCGUCGCCAACUACUCGUACUAG